CUUUUAGUUUUUGAGUGCCAAAAGCAAACCUUUGAUUCAGAUGCUAGACCCUCUUCAUGUAGUUGUCAAGGAAGACAUUGCUGUAACACUAGUCCGUAUCAUGCAGAAGGAAAACAGUGCAAAAGAAUUCCUUUCAACUAUUGUGAUAGAUGACGUUAAGAAAAUUGAUGACCAACACCUGACUUUUCGUGGAAACUCUUUUGCAACAAAAGCUUCAGAAGCAUAUAUGAAACUACUUGGUGACAAGUAUUUGCAAGAUACCUUGAAGGAAUUUGUAGAGAAAGUUUUGGCAUCUCAAGAUGAGUGUGAGGUAGACCCCAGCAAAGUUCCUAACAAAGAACUUCUGCAACAACAACAACAAAACUUAGUAAGGUUUGUGGAAGAAGCAUGGGAAAAAAUUACAAGUUCUACUCAGAAUCUGCCUUUUGAACUUCAAGAAGUUUUUAGUGAGUACAGGAGACAGUUACAAGCAAUUGGUAAAGAACACAUUUGUGAUAAGUUAAUCAGUGCUUCCAUCUUUUUGCGUUUCCUUUGUCCGGCAAUUCUUUCUCCGAGCCUUUUUAACCUCACACAGGAGUAUCCAGAAGACAGAGCAAGAAGAAACCUGACUCUUAUUGCUAAAACAAUCCAAACUUUGGCAAAUUUCACAAGGUUUGGUGAGAAAGAAGAUUUCAUGGAAUUCCUCAACCAGUUUGUUGACAAACAGCAGCACACAAUGAAGAACUUUCUACUGCAGAUCUCUACUCCAGGUGGUGGGGACAGCAUUAAUUUUGAAGGACAGAUUGACCUUGGAAAAGAAUUAUCCAUUUUACACUCUUUGCUAAUAGACUGCAUUCCUGACAUGAAUAAAACGGAACAUGAAGAAGAUCUUGAAGAACUUCAACAGAUCCUAAAUGACAUCUCUUCUUCAAUGUCACAACCAUCUGUGCUCCGUCAAAUGAGCUCUCCAAAUUUUGGUGAUAAAGUACAUAACAUUUACUGUUUAUUUGGUCCCACAACCUCACUACCAGUAAAUCCUGAACAGUCACAACGUAAAUCAACCAUUAAUUUGUUAGAAACAAGUAGAAAGAUCAAGGAAGAUAACACAAAGAAGAAUGUUGAUCUCGAGCUUCAAAGUCAAGUCUGUCAACAGAUUGCAUCCUCCUCAACUCAGUCACCAAGCCAGUAUAAUAUACUAUCUGGUAGAACAGUCAAUUAUCACAAAAGAAGACGUAGUAAAGACCCAGCUGAAGACAUGAACACAUCUGAUGACUAUGUAAGAUUUGAAGCAUUAGAGAAGAAAGGAUCCACAUGUGACAAACAUUCCACUUCUACCUCAGUCCACAGUACCUCAUACAGUGAGACAUAUUAUUCAGACAGAAGGCCAGCCACCAAAAUAGUGGACCAAAAAGUACCUCAUAUUAUUGACUCUGAAAGAACUCUUUUUAAGGGAAACUAUCAACCAAUCGAUGGGAGAGAUUCCCAAAAGAACCAGCAAGAGUUUUCGGUUCUGACCAGAAACAUGCGUAAUAGUUUUACUCAUGAUUAUGAUGAGGUUACAGAAGAAAAUGAUUACCACAUGAAAUCUGGCAGCCAAAACUCUCUCUGUAAGGUAGCAAAUAUGGGAUCAUCAGGGUACCCGUCAGUAAGGAAUAGCCAAACUAUUCCAUCUUCUGGACUCUUGCAUGCACAUAUGACCCUCUCUUCUAAUGGUCAUUAUAGUUUUCGACCUCCUUUAGCUUUCAAGAAUCCCAUGUACAGCCUUAACAUUUCCCACGGAAGCAUUAGUGAUAGUGAAUACUCUGAUGGUCCCACAGAAGAAAGAAAAUCCAAUGGUAACUCUCUUAGAAGAAGAAGUGGUAUUACAAGCAUUUCAAAUGCUGAACUCCAUACACAACUCAAAACCAGCAACAUAAAACUAUGUGACAGAAGUGUUCGUCCUUCUUCACCUUCAUCUGAAAAUGAUACAGCUUCAUCACAAAUACAGUCAUUUCCAUCAGGGUCUCCGUCAAGGUACUCAAGACUUCCUCAGUUAUCAUAUUUUCAUAGUUAUCCUCAGCUGUGGAAGAGCCACAGGCUUGAAAGACGAGGAUCAGCAGACCAACUUUCACAGAGUCCAAAAAAAGAAGGUGUACAAAAGUUAGUCUGUUAUCCAUUUCAUCAUUCAAGUUCUUUCGAAACUAAAAGACACAGAACACUGGAAGAAUAUCAUGUUGAAGUAGAAACACUGAAAGAACUGAUGACAGAUCUACAAAGAAAGCUGACAGAAGCAGAAAAAAAACUUUCAAAACCAGAGACCCAUGAUAAUAGAAAUGCAACAUCUAGGCAAACAAGACUGAGUGAGGAAGAAAGACAACAAAGGAUCAGCCAACAAAGACAUAAAGAUGAGAGGUUUCAAAGUAUUAUCACUAGAUUAAUCAGGGUAGAGGAAGAACUCCGUCACGAGCACCAAGAAAUGCGGGGAAUCAUUGCUAAUAGACAAAAAGUAAUUGAUGCCCAAGAAAGAAGGAUUCAGCUUUUAGAUGCUGCUAAUCUAGAACUGACAUCAGCCUUGGAACAGCUACAGAAACAGUACACUUCCAACAUUUGGAGCCAUCAUUCAUGUGAAGAUCUGUUAACCGAAAAUACAAAGUUGAGUUUCAGAAGUAGCUCCUGUUAGUGGGAGUGUUUCUGUUAAAAGACAGUUAGAUGUGCUGCUCUUAUACCACGUUGAUGUCAAUCUAACAUGUUCAUUGAAGGAACCAUUUUGUUUUUUGUAAAACUAUAAAUGUUGGAGAAACAUUUGUGCUCAGAUCUUUUAUUGCCAUAGUUUUUUUCAUUUAUAAAAUUUUGCAUAAUAAACAGUAGAGCAAAUAUAUAUAUAUAUAAAAACAUAUGUUAUAAACAGAUGGUGUGACGUACUAGACUGUUAUUCAUGACUGAAGGAUUGUGAGUCAACAUUUUGUUACAGAGUUAUUGACAGUAUAAAGUUGAAACUUUUAACAUUACAUGCAUUAAGUAAGAUUUAAUUCGUGUGAAUUACAUAAGCUGAAAUACUCUGUUUAUUGUUUAAAAAAAUAAUAAUUUUAUAUUGAAUUUCUUGAGUGAAAUGAAAUGUUCAGAAUCCAACAGGUGCGUGUUUUUAUUAAUUUGCCGAUUUAUUUUUGGAGAUGAAAAAAAAAGUAAAAUGUAUAUAUGAAAUUAGGAGACAGCCACUGGUGUUGCUUUUAUCCCACUUUCCAUGUGAUAUGUUCGUUCACGUUGUUUCUUAUACUUGUUCGUGACCAUUGUUUCUGUUGAAAUAUUAUGAGGGGGACUUAUCUAUGAUUUUAAACUUCAAACUUGGAAGAUAGUAGUGAUUAUACGCGUGUAAAAUACCAGUUAAAAUAGAGUAAUAUUACAUCAAUGUUUAAUUAACUAUGAAAGGUUACUUAUUUGGUCAGAGCUAUCACAAAAUAAUUCAGGGAUAAAAAAUUAGGAUAGUUUUAGAAAGUGUAAAUACAAUCCACACGUUUCUCUGGUGCCCUUUUUCUCGACAAGACUUGUAGGAUUAACUUUGGUCUGUCCUGGUUGUGAUACCGAAAAAUAUUCUGUAGAAAUGCUAGUCAUGACAAUUUACUGUAUUAAAUAAUAUAAGGUAUUAUAUGUGUCUGCCAGUAAAAUGGAAAUUAGUGGCUUAGACAAUCUUCUUGUGUAAGUUAAAUAUAUAACUUCUUCUAACUUAGUGUUUAGCAUAACUUUGUGGAAAAGGACAAUGUAAGUAAUAUGUAGUUUCACAUAACUUCGGUACAAACGUUCAUGGUUACAAGUGCCUUUUACUGGUAAUAGCAACCAAGCAUGUAAUGUAUUCAUCAGUUUAUCCCCUUUUUAAUAUUGAGGCUUAGAAUGAUACCCAUGGUGGACAGAGCACAGAUAGCCUGUUGUGUAGCUUUGUGUUUAACAACAACCAACCAACCCUUUUUAAUAUACUAACUAGCAUAUAGCCCGUCACAAAUAACGGGGCGAGUACUACCAACCCCAUCCCACAGUAUAUCCUAACCUCACAUUUCAUAGCUAACUGAAAUAUAUAAAUAUUACGAAUUCAAGCUUGACCAACAAAGAGGCAGAAAAGUGCAGUCGAGGCAGUCAAACGUCGGUAAAUUCAUUUGUGAGCCAAUCAAAAUUAAGAUCAUUCAUGAAAUGAAUUUGUGGAAUAUUCAAAGGAUAAUUAGUGGUAACAAUAAGUUAGAUUAACAACUUCUAAUAUAUAGAAAAACCAGUGCGUUUGGGUAACACUACGUUCCAAUAAUGACUUUUAUGUUAUGUCCCUCAGCAGGAAAAGUAUAACCUAAUAUUGUUGUUAGUCUAUGUACUGAAAGUAUAAAAUGAAAUGCAUAGACAACAAAA